AUGUCGUCUCGUGUGGGAUUCCGCUUCCUCAACAGCACUCGCUUUGCUUUCCGCAAUGCCUCUGCGCCAUUCCGCCGGCCGGGUGCCCAAGGUUUCCGUUUCCAGAGCUCUGAGGCCGGUGCCGAUGCCGCCCAGCAGCAGUCCACUUUCCAGCGCAUGUGGAACAGCCCUAUUGGUGUGAAGACUGUUCACUUCUGGGCCCCCGUUAUGAAGUGGUGCCUGGUCAUCGCCGGUAUGGCCGAUUUCGCCCGUCCUGCGGAUAAGCUCUCCCUCACUCAGAACGCCGCCCUGAUGGGCACUGGAGCCAUCUGGACCCGCUGGUGCCUCAUCAUCAAGCCCCGUAACGUCUUGCUCGCCACCGUCAACUUCUUCCUUGGUUGCGUUGGUGCCGUCCAGGUCACCCGUAUCUUCAUGUGGCAGCGUAGCCAGACGGGUAGCACCAUCGAGGCUGCUAAGGAGUUGGAGCACGAGGCUGCUGACACCGUUAAGGCUGUUGCUCACGCCGCCGAGGGUGCCGUUGAGAAGGCUGAGAAGAAGGUCGUUGAGAAGUCGACUUAA